CUAGAAACUUCUGUCUGCUAUACAAGUAUAUAACCCUUCCCCCCGCAUCACGCCAUCCUUCCAUUCAUCUAAUUUCGAGAACCUUCACGAAUAACAGAGAGAAAUCGACGCAUUUCAAAUCAUACGCCAAUAAUCUCGUCACGAUGUCGUACUCCAGGAGGUCAAGGUAUUCUCGCUCACCUUCAUACGAUCCAUAUAGCAAGUCUGUCUCGAGGUCCAGAUAUGUUUCAAGGAGUCGGUCAAGGAGCUGUGAUUCAAGUGAUGUUGAGAACCCAGGGAACAAUUUGUAUGUGACUGGUCUCUCAGCCCGCGUUAAGGAGCGACAUAUUGAGGACCAUUUUUCUACUGAGGGAAAGGUUGAAGAUGUUCAUCUUGUUGUUGACCCAUGGACCCGGGAAUCUCGUGGGUUUUGUUUCGUGACAAUGUCCACUGUUGAGGAGGCUGAUUGCUGCAUUAAGUAUUUGAAUCGCUCAGUACUUGAAGGCAGAGUCAUCACUGUGGAGAAGGCUCGGAGGAGAAGAGGUAGAACACCAACUCCAGGAAAAUAUUUGGGGCUUAGAACUGUUCGCGUUCGUCGUGAAUCACGAAAUUAUUCUCCUCGUUCAAGGAGUCGCUCUCCUUGUUACUCAUCUGAAAGCUACAGGAGCAGGAGCAGGUCCCACUCUCCAUAUUACAGACGAGGGCGUAGAUCCUACUCUCCCUAUUACAGAGGACGCCAGAGAUCCCACUCUCCGUAUUACAGUCGACGCUGCCGUUACUCAGAAUCACCUUAUUCUCCUUACCAUAGUCGUGGCAGGUCUUACUCUCGAUCUUUAUCUCCAUACAGUCAGCGUGAUCGGUCCUACUCUCCAGAUGAGCGUUACUACAGAAGAAGCCAUUACCGUGACUAUUCCCCCGACAGUUAUCGACGUGAUCGUUCCUAUUCUCCAGAUGGCCGUUACUAUAGAAGAAGCCAUUACCGUGACUAUUCUCCCAACAAUUAUCGACGUGAUCGUUCCUAUUCUCCAGAUGACCGUUACUAUAGAAGAAUCCACUACCGUGACUACUCUCCUGAUAGCCGUGAUUGUUCCUACUCUCCAGAUGUUCGUUACAACAGAAUGAGCCGCUAUCGUGCCUACUCUCCGGACAACAGUUACUAUUAUCGAAGGAGCCGACACCGUUCCACUUCUCGGAGCAUUUCACCUCGAUAUCAGAGGUCCAGGAGAAGCUACUCACCUAGUGUAUCACCUAGGCGGUCAAAGAGGAGCUAUUCAAGAAGUGUUUCCAGGAGUAGUCGCUCUCGUAGCAGUUACUCUCCUAUCCCGAAGAAAAGCUCUAAGAGGAGCCGCAGUGUCAGUGCAUCUUCCAGAUUUGUUUCAAGGUCUGGUACACCUAGAUCUUCGCCUUCACCAUGAGAGGACUAACCUAUUAGGAAGGCUUAAUGUGUUACUGUAUGCUGCUAAAAGUUUAAAGGCGUACUAGAUUGGUCUCUCAAGGAGAACUACUAUCUGUUUUCCAGCUUAUGUGACUAGUAGAAAUGGGUCUGGCUGUACUAUCGACUUUGUAUUUUAAUACAUUAUCUAUGAUCUGCUGAGGUAAUAAUGUUGUAUUGACCGACUUUGAAAAAGCUGUAACAGAUUGAUAUGUACAUGUGCCCAGGAACAAAUAUCUUUUAGUUUGCUUUUA